ACUCGUGGCUGCCCCCGUUGCCGUGGUCCGUCCCCGUCGCCCCGUCACCUUUGUCACGGAGCCGCGGUCUCCAUGGUGCCGUUGAAGAGCUGGCGGCCGUGACCAGGACACCGAGUGGUUGCCGUGACGACUGACGGGCCCACGGGCUCCUCACCGCCCCGCGGGGCCGCCGGCAGAGCGGGACGGAGCGCGGGCACCCCGCAGCCCCAGGGGCCGCCCCGGGAUGUGGGGAGCCGGGCCCGAACCCUCCUGAGCCCGCGGCCGAGGGGGGGGAGCGGGGCCGCCCCAUGAGCUAAAGGCGGAGAUCCGGGCGGGGGGCACGUGGGGGGGCAGCGCCGUCCAGCCCACACCGACGGCUGCCCCCAUGUUGGACCACAGGAGCAGGAUGGAGAGCUGGCGGCACGAGAAGGUGGAGCAGAUCCUGUCCGAGUUCCGGCUGAAGGAGGAGGACCUGCGGAAGGUGAUGCAGCGCAUGCAGAAGGAGAUGGACCGCGGGCUGAAGCUGGCGACGCACGAGGAGGCGUCGGUGAAGAUGCUGCCCACAUACGUGCGCUCCACGCCGGAGGGGUCGGAGGUCGGGGAUUUCCUCUCGCUGGACCUGGGCGGCACCAACUUCCGCGUGAUGCUGGUGAAGGUGGGUGAGGGCGAGGAGGGGCAGUGGAAGGUGAAGACGAAGCACCAGAUGUACUCCAUCCCCGAGGACGCCAUGACGGGGACGGCCGAGAUGCUCUUUGACUACAUCUCGGGGUGCAUCUCCGACUUCCUGGACAAGCACCAGAUGAAGCACAAAAAGCUGCCCCUGGGCUUCACCUUCUCCUUCCCCGUGCGGCACGAGGACAUCGACAAGGGCAUCCUGCUGAACUGGACCAAGGGCUUCAAGGCCUCGGGAGCGGAGGGGAACAACGUGGUGGGGCUGCUGCGGGACGCCAUCAAACGGCGUGGGGACUUUGAGAUGGACGUGGUGGCCAUGGUGAACGACACUGUUGCCACCAUGAUCUCCUGCUACUACGAGGACCACAGCUGCGAGGUCGGCAUGAUCGUGGGGACGGGCUGCAACGCCUGCUACAUGGAGGAGAUGCACAACGUGGAGCUGGUGGAGGGCGACGAGGGCCGCAUGUGUGUGAACACGGAGUGGGGCGCGUUCGGGGCGUCGGGGGAGCUGGACGAGUUCCUGCUGGAGUACGACCGUGUGGUGGACGAGACCUCGCUUAACCCCGGUCAGCAGCUCUACGAGAAGAUCAUCGGGGGCAAAUACAUGGGGGAGAUCGUGCGGCUGGUGCUGCUGCGGCUGGUGGACGAGAACCUGCUGUUCAGCGGGCAGAGCUGCGAGAAGCUCAAGACACGCGGAGCCUUCGAGACGCGCUUCGUGUCGCAGGUGGAGAGCGAUUCAGGCGACCGCAAGCAGAUCUACAACAUCCUCACAGCCUUCGGGCUGCUGCCCUCGGGGUCGGACUGCGACAUCGUGCGCAUGGUGUGUGAGAGCGUGUCCACUCGCGCUGCCCAGAUGUGCUCGGCUGGGCUGGCCGGGGUCAUCAACCGCAUGCGGGAGAGCCGCAGCCAGGAGACCCUCAAGAUCACGGUGGGGGUGGACGGCUCAGUCUACAAACUGCACCCCAGCUUCAAGGACCGUUUCCACACCACAGUUCGGCAGCUGACCCCCGGCUGCGACAUCACCUUCAUCCAGUCGGAGGAGGGCAGCGGGCGCGGGGCCGCGCUCAUCUCGGCCGUGGCCUGCAAGAUGGCGUGUAUGAUGGGGCAGUGAGACGCGCCCAGGAGCCAGGACCGAUGUGGGAAGGGCUUGGAUGGCGCCGGGACGGUGCCGGGGCUCCCCAAUAAAUGGGGUCGGCGUGGACUUCUCCUUCGGGAACGCUGUCCCAGCGCUG